CUCCUGAGGGCCGGGAAGGCCUCUUGCAGCCGUGUGGAUGAAGUCUGGCCUAACCUUUUCAUAGGAGAUGCCGAAGGUCUUGGUGCACUGCGUGGUGGGUGUGAGCCGCUCUGCCACACUGGUCCUGGCCUACCUCAUGCUGCACCAGCGGCUGUCCCUGCGCCAGGCCGUGCUCGCCGUGCGGGAGCGGCGAUGGAUCUUCCCCAACCGCGGUUUCCUCCACCAGCUCCGCCAGCUGGACCAGAGACUGCGGGGUUCGAGCCAGAGCUGAAGGGCCCGACCCUGCCCUGCCACCUCACCACCCUGGCCCUGCUGCUGCUGCUGCUGCUGCUACAGGCUGUGGUCCAGGUGGACGCCCAGGUGCUGAGAGGCCAGCGGGGGGUGCCCCCUGCAGCCUGUGCCUCCAUCUGCUGCCCCUUGUACCCCACAGCCCCUCAUAGCCGCUGCCUUCAGUCCCCACAGAAACAGCAUCAAGCGUGCAGAGACCGGCGGCUGGCAGCCGGAGGCACAAGCUGUGCGCCGGAGACCUCGGCCCGGGCUGGACGCCCCCACAGGAUGGACUCGCUGCAGAAGCAGGACCUCCGGAGGCCCAAGAUCCACGGGCCCAGGCGGGCUUCCCCCUACCAGCCGCCCACGCUCGCCUCGCUGCAGCGUUUGCUGUGGGUCCGCAGGGCCACCACCUUGAACCACGUCAAUGAGGUCUGGCCCAACCUCUUCCUGGGAGAUGCGUACGCUGCCCGGGACAAGAGCCGCCUGAUGCAGAUGGGCAUCACCCACGUGGUGAAUGCUGCUGCAGGCAGGUACCAGGUGGACACGGGUGCCAAGUUCUACCAAGGGCUGCCCCUGGAGUACUACGGCAUCGAGGCAGAUGACAACCCCUACUUCGACAUCAGCAUCUACUUCCUGCCUGUGGCUCGAUACAUCCGGGUCGCCCUCAGCACUCCCCGAGGCCGCGUGCUGGUCCACUGUGCCAUGGGGGUUAGCCGCUCCGCCACGCUGGUCCUGGCUUUCCUCAUGAUCUGCGAGAACAUGACGCUGGUGGAGGCCAUCCAGACGGUGCAGGCCCACCGCGACAUCUGUCCCAACUCGGGCUUCCUGCGGCAGCUCCAGGUGCUGGACAACCGGCUGGGGCGGGAGACCGGGCGGCUGUGACCCGGAGCCCCGGCCUGCA